CCCGGCUACGUCGACACAAGAUGACGGAACUCACGUGUUACGUUCCGGUCGGGUCCUGCCCUCGCCGGAGCCUAGGCGUCCCGCGAUGCCGACCUUGUCUCCGCGCAAUAACCCUUAGGCAUGCAAGACGGGCAUUCGGGUCGGCUACCAACACACACUGAAGCCCUGCGAUUUCUCACCGGUUGGCGCUCUCGCCACGUCUCACCUGCUCGCGGACCACCCUCCUUCCGCAAAGCUAAGGGCGGCAUCAGCUGACUGUUGGCAGGUCCUUCCUUAGGCAAGCAGUGCAUGAGAUGGGACGGACGUCAAAGGACAAGCGAGAUGUCUAUUACCGCCUGGCCAAGGAGAACGGCUGGCGUGCUCGUAGUGCCUUCAAGCUGCUACAGCUCGAUGAGGAAUUCCAGCUCUUCCAAGGUGUGGCACGGGCAGUUGACCUGUGUGCAGCCCCAGGCAGCUGGAGCCAGGUGCUGAGCCAGAAGAUUGGGGGCCAGGGACCUGGCCAUGUGGUGGCUGUGGACUUACAGGCUAUGGCUCCACUACCAGGUGUGAUACAAAUCCAGGGGGACAUCACCCAGCUCUCCACUGCCAAGGAGAUCAUUCAGCACUUUGAGGGCUGUCCUGCGGACCUUGUGGUGUGCGACGGGGCUCCUGAUGUAACAGGCCUCCAUGAUGUCGAUGAGUACAUGCAGGCCCAGCUGCUCCUAGCUGCUCUGAACAUUGCGACACAUGUCUUGAAGCCAGGGGGCUGUUUCGUGGCCAAGAUAUUCCGAGGCCGAGACGUGACACUGCUCUAUAGCCAGCUGCGUGUCUUCUUCUCCAGCGUGCUCUGUGCCAAGCCCAGGAGCAGCCGGAAUUCCAGCAUCGAGGCCUUCGCUGUCUGUCAGGGCUAUGAUCCUCCUGAGGGCUUCAUGCCAGACCUGACCAAACCUCUGCUGGACCACUCUUACGACCCUGAUUUCAACCAGCUAGAUGGCCCCACCCGUAUCAUCGUGCCUUUUGUGUCCUGCGGAGACCUGAGCUCCUAUGAUUCGGAUCGCAGUUACCCGCUGGAUCUAGAGGAUGGCUCAGAGUACAAGUACACUCCACCCACACAGCCCCCCAUCUCACCACCAUACCAGGAGGCCUGCACGUUGAAAAAGAAAUGGCGGCUAGCCAAGGAGACCCGGUCCCAGGACUGCCCCAUUCGCAGAGUGGAUAUGUUGCCCCUACCCCUGGCUGCCCCUCAGCGCCACACCCUGCUGGCCCCUGAGAUAGAGGACAAUGAAAUGAACUGUUCACCCUAACACAUUAAGGGCCUGAACAGAACAGACUUGAGUAGGAAUCUGCCACAACCAACAGGAGGACAACAAGGAAAAUGACACCAUAGGAGUCCGAUUGCACUGCAGUGGGAAUUGAGUGAGGUCUUGCCUGUCCUCUAAACCUCCCCAGAGGUGUCCCAGUUAUGUCCAGAAUUUCUCCCGAAAGUGGGGGUUCUUAACCUGGAUAGAAGUCAGAAGUAUCUGUGAACUUUAUGGAGGAAAGUAUUACAUCUUUAUUUUUUGCUGGUUUAAUUGAAAUUGAGUUUUACCUUCAAUUCUGAAUGCUGGCAACAAAUCACAAUAGUGAAAACAGUGUCUGCACUUUUCCCACCAAUACAAGUCAGUUAAUGUUCACAUGACAUGACCGGUAUUCUAGGCAUCUCGAAAUAGGAUUCACAUUCCUCACCACUUUGAAUGAUAGUAGAUCUUAGAAUUUGAUGUUCUAAGAUGAGCCCAUGUAUUACCACACCCCAGUUUCAUUUCAGUUUAAUAUAUAGUUAUAUUGGUA